AUGCUGAACGAGGCGAGUAGAGCCGCUGGCAUCACCAGGGACGCUCGGUGCAGCAGCAGUGUUUCCCCGGACGCCACAGCUUCUCGUUCCGGGUUCCCCCAGGUCAGCUCAGCAUGUCUCUGUCAGGGAGCACCAACACGACCCGGCUGGUGUUCCUCGGGUCAGCGGAGGUCGGUAAGACCGCGCUCAUCCACCGCUUCCUGCACAACCGCUUCGAGCACAAGUACACGCGCACAGUCGAGGAGCUUCACGUGCUGGAGUACGACACCGCGGGGUCCGGUAAGAUGCGUCUGGAGAUCCUGGACACGAGCGGGAGCUACUCCUUCCCGGCCAUGCGUGAGCUCUGCAUCAGACACAGUGACGCGUUCGCCCUCGUGUACGCGGUGGACGACCCCGGCUCCUUCGACGAGGUGCGACGACUUCGCGAAGAGAUUCUGGAGCUGCGGGGCGACAAGGGCGCGCCCAUCACCGUGGUUGGCAGCAAGGCGGAUCUGACCGAGGCCGAGGGCCGCGUGCUGCUGGCGGCUCAAGUCAUGGCCACAGUAGAGGGUGAGUGGGACGCCAACUUCGUGGAGGCGUCCGCGCGCACAGGUGGAAACACCGUCGGAGUGUUCCGCGCGCUGCUCCAACAGGUGAACCUGCCGCACCGGCUGAGCCCUGCGGUGUGGAGGCGCAGAGACACGGUGCCCAGACCAGCUGUCAAGAAAAGACCACCACUGAAGAAGCACAACAGCUGUGUCCUGUCAUAGGAACGUUUUCUCCGCUUGGUGAUGGACUCUGCAGCUGGACUGCGCGUGUUCAGGUGUUGCUGGUCUUCACAGUACUCUACCUGGUUUGUCCAGAGGUGGAAAGUUGAUGAACUGUAGGAAACUUGACCGUUUAAAAGGACCUCAGAUAGGCUUAUAUGUGUUUUUUUUUUUGGUUUUUUACCAGUUAAAGAUUCACAUUUUUGUGCGCAGGCUGACAUUUUUUUAUCUUGUGCUAAUAAAAUAUUUUUGUUUUGA